AUGGCGACUGGCAGUUCUUCUUCUUCUUCUCCAGCGAAUUCCGUCAAGACCCGGACGUGUCUCUGCUCGCCGACGAACCACCCGGGGUCGUUCCGCUGCAGCCUCCACAAAAACAGGUCGUCGGCGACGGGCAGCCGUCCGUCCCGGAGGGAACUGGCUGCGGCGGCGGCGAUGGCGAAGGCGCUCACGUUGAGGGCGUUUCUGCUGCAGAUCAUCAAGCCGUCGAAUCAGGACCAGAAGCGGCGGAGGAAUUUCCAGCCCAGGCCGUCCAGGUUUUGCACGAUGAACGGCGGCAGCGGCGUGGCGGUUUCGUAA